AUGAACUCGUGGGACGCGGGCCUGGCGGGGCUGCUGGUGGGCACGAUGGGCGUCUCGCUGCUGUCCAACGCGCUGGUGCUGCUCUGCCUGCUGCACAGCGCCGACAUCCGCCGCCAGGCGCCGGCGCUCUUCACCCUGAACCUCACGUGCGGCAACCUGCUGUGCACCGUGGUCAACAUGCCGCUCACGCUGGCCGGCGUCGUGGCGCAGCGGCCGCCGGCUGGGGACCGCCUGUGCCGCCUAGCCGCCUUCCUCGACACCUUUCUGGCCGCCAACUCCAUGCUCAGCAUGGCCGCGCUCAGCAUCGACCGCUGGGUGGCCGUGGUCUUCCCGCUGAGCUACCGCGCCAAGAUGCGCCUCCGCGACGCCGCGCUCAUGGUGGCCUACACGUGGCUGCACGCGCUCACCUUCCCGGCCGCCGCGCUCGCCCUGUCCUGGCUCGGCUUCCACCAGCUCUACGCGUCCUGCACGCUCUGCAGCCGGCGGCCCGACGAGCGCCUGCGCUUCGCCGUCUUCACGGGCGCCUUCCACGCGCUGAGCUUCCUGCUCUCCUUCGUCGUGCUCUGCUGCACAUACUGCAAGGUGCUCAAGGUGGCCCGCUUCCACUGCAAGCGCAUCGACGUGAUCACCAUGCAGACGCUCGUGCUGCUGGUGGACAUCCACCCCAGUGUGCGGGAACGCUGUCUGGAGGAGCAGAAGAGGAGGCGGCAGCGAGCCACCAAGAAGAUCAGCACCUUCAUAGGCACCUUCCUCGUGUGCUUUGCGCCCUACGUGAUCACCAGGCUGGUGGAGCUGUCCUCUGCAGUACCCAUCAGCUCCCACUGGGGGGUGCUGUCCAAGUGCUUGGCCUACAGCAAGGCCGCGUCCGACCCCUUCGUGUACUCCUUACUGCGACACCAGUACCGCAAGAGCUGCAAAGAGAUCCUGAACAGGGUCCUCCACCGGCGAUCGCUCCGCUCCUCUGGCCUCACCGGGGACUCCCACAGCCAGAACAUUCUGCCGGUCUCCGAGUGA